AUGCCUAGCCUCGCCGGCGAUUUCGUUAAUACUGAAGGAUUUCGCUAUGCUGAGCUUAUAUUGUGGUACGGGAAGCAAUUGGAUAGAAAUGUUCUUCGAGGACAGCUCUGCCUUUUGCAAACCCGAAUGGAUUAUGCUGAUUAUCAUAGUCUAUACAACGCCGCCGUUAAGGACGUUCGUAAACGCGAUGGCUCGACCUUCCUUCAAUGGAUUGAUGACUGGUAUCGACAUCACGACGUCGUUCCGCGACACUUUCAAAAAGGUCGUGGCCAGAGAAAAGCGACUUCCGUUGUGAUUGAAUGCCUCGUGGACAUUCAUUUGUCUGAUCCUAGAUUCGCUGGUAAAGAUCGAGAAUUAAUGAAAAACAAAAUUGAACACUGGCGAAAGAAAGGUGAGACGUGGUUCGAGAUUAUCCACAGAUUUGGUGCGGGAAUAUUACUUCUUGUUCCGCCCGAAGAACCAGAAGGCCAUUUCAAAUUUACUAAAGACGAGCUAUCCGAGUUUCUACGCGUCUUGACAUCACGCAAAACGGAAUUCGCUGAUGCAUUGGCUGAAGCUAAUCAGUUUAUGGCAGAGACAUUCACGAGUCAACGCAGCACAGUCAGCAGUGAUGAAGUCCCGAUAGGUUCAACUCCUCAGACGGCCUCAAAGCAGAUCCCUAAAAAGAGAUAUCCGCUUUCCCCAUUGGAAACUCGUACAGGAUUCUGGGACUCGCCGUCUCUUCAAAAUCACAUAACAAGUCAAACCAAUAACCACUUUGUAACUGUCCCAGAACCUACCUUUACAUCUCCCAUCACACCAAGCCCGAAUUCUUCCCAUUUUUUGCAGGAGCUUCGUUGUAUCAAUGCGGUUUCUCACGAAGGCGGUGCCUCUUAA